UUUUCAUACACAAGUUUCAUCAAACCGAUGUUACGAUGCGCUGUGAAUAUAGUUUUCAGUUUUUUUUUCCAUUUAGAAAAUUUGCUUCCCUCUGAUCGAGUAUGAGAGUUUAAUAUGAAUCUUAAAGUUAACUUCUAAACCAUCAUGUGCUUGAAAUUCGGCGUGGUCCGUAGUUUACUGCGUUGUAUCAUUUGAAAUCUUGGACUUCACAACUGGACGAACGAAAUCGCAAUGAAAUCGAUCAUCACUCUAAAAUUUAUUCCGCAAGUAUUAUGUCCCCAUAUCUCACGCUGCUCUUUUUGGAUAAACCAUCAGUCGCCACCGCAACAUAUCCGAAAAUAUUUUUAUCAGCAAAUCCGAAAGUUUAGUGUGCCUCCCAAUAUCAGUGUUUCAGACCCAACUUUCCUGAAGCAUUUAGACAGAAUGGAAGGAAGGUAUGUUCAGUCCUUAGAAGAGGGCAAAGUAUUUGACUUGAACUUGGAUGCGGAGUUUGCCAAGAGUGUAGAUGUUCAGGGGGUUGUGAGUUUGUUCAAGGAAAUUGCAGCUGUGAGGAAAAACGUAGCUACUUUGCAAGAACUGAAUACAGAGAGCACUAAGGAAAUGGAUGACAUGGUGAAAGAGGAAAUGAAGGAAUAUGAAGACCAGAUUACUUUGUUAAAAAAUCAGAUCCUGGAAGCUUUAAUUCCUGUGGAUGAGGAGGACAAAUUGACUGAUGUAAUACUAGAGGUUAAUGCUGGUGUAGGUGGCCAGGAAGCCAUGUUGUUUGCUUGCGAAUUGUUUGACAUGUAUAGCGCAUAUAUUUUACGAAAAGGUUGGAGUUGUGAAGUCAUUGACUUUAGCAAAUCUGAUCUAGGAGGAAUUAGGAAGGGUUGUGUACAAGUGUCAGGCAAAGACUCUUGCCGUCUUCUAAGAUUUGAAGGUGGGGUGCACCGGGUGCAGAGGGUUCCUAAAACUGAAAAAGCUGGCCGAAUUCACACCAGCACCGUUUCUGUAGCAGUUUUACCACAACCAAAAGAGGCUGAUGUAGUCAUUGCAGAGAAAGAUUUGAAAAUUGAGACAAAAAGAUCCAGCGGUGCAGGAGGUCAGGCUGUUCAAACAUCCGACAGUGCCGUUCGAAUAGUUCAUCUUCCAACAGGUAUUGCUGUUGAAUGCCAAGUAGAACGUUUUCAGCAUAAAAAUAAAGAAAUAGCCUUGCAGAAGUUGCGAGCAUUGCUGUAUCAGAGACAACAGGACGAAACCCAGUCCAAAAUUAGUAGCUCCAGAAAAAUUCAAGUGGGCUCCAGAGGGCGCUCUGAAAAAAUUAGGACGUACAAUUUCAAUCAAGAUCGAGUCACAGAUCAUCGCAUCGGGAAAAAUAUCCAUAAUUUAAGUUCAUUUCUCGAAGGAGGUGAUCUUCUAGAUGAAAUGAUUCACUUAGUUUACAACAAAUACAAACUUGAACAGUUAGAGGCAGUAUUCAAUUCUAUGACUGCUGGAUAGAAUUCCAUGUACUGUGUUAUUUUUAGGGAACAAGCUAAAAAUUCCAUGUGAUGAAGUUUUUGAAAAGCAGUGGAAUGGUACCGAAUGUACAAGAGAAUAGUAUUUUGCUGAACUGUUUUUCUCUUGUUCCACCGUUCGGAGGAAAAUUUCCUUUUUACAUGUCUCUCAUGCAGUAAAAAUUCUUGUGUAUCUGAUGUUUGCAUAGAACUGAAGCGUAUCAAGGUCUCCUAGGUGAAGAUGAGAAGAAGAAACAUUUCGAUGACCAAAGUACAAAACGACGUGUCUCCAUUACAAUGUUCCAAAAUUUUUGUACCUAUCUCAUUUUUUCAAUGAGAAAGAACUUUACUUUAUAGCUUGAAAUGUGUACAGAAUAUUCUGCUGAGAGAGAAGACAAAUCAGGCAGUUUUCAAGGAAUUAUGUCAAUUAGUGUUCUGAAGAAAAAAUUAAGUAUGAAGGAAGUCUGGAACAUCGCAAACGGAGAUACGACGUUUCACACUUUGGCCAUCGAUUUGUAAAUACUUCAUACGGCAAAGAUAGUUAGCUUUCAUGAAAUCUCCUAGAGGAACAGAGAUGGACAUUGAGUUGCUUUUUGUCACCAGAAUAUCGCUAUCUUCCUUCGAAUAGAAGCUAGACAAAAUGGAACUUUGUCCUUGGUCAAAAGCUGGAA